AUGAAAACUUCAACGAUGAAAUCAGGAGCGAUUACUUCGUGGUGCCAACAACAGAUUCAACAACACGGCUUUAUUCACAACAAAAACGAGAGGGAAAAGAAAAUUCAUCCGAAGCAUCGUCGUCCCAUCGCCAGUUUUUGUCAUCUUCUUCAAUCAGACGUUCGGUUUUUUUGCGCCUUCGUCACUGAUUGCGAGCCAACGUCGGGAAGUUUGGCCAUUCGAGCACUCUACACAGUUUCAAUUCUUCGAUAA